AUGGCCCUCAAGAAACGAGCCUCCCAAAAGAAGGCCAAGCCGACUAAGAAGGGAAAGAAGGGAAGGGCGACUGAGAAGGAGUCUGGCCCGGAAGGACUCUGGGGCAAGAAUGACGAGGACGACGGGGCCAUGGCCUCCGAUUUCGAGGCUGGGGAUUUGAUGGUGCUAAAGGGAAUGGAUGGCGCGAACAAGGGAGUAGAUCUCGACGCCAUCAUCGAAAGGAGAAGAGAAAAGAAGGAGCAGAAAAAGACAAAGUCGAACAAGGACGACACCUCUGAUUCGGAAAGCGAUGGAGAUGAUGAGGCAGACCUCGAAGACGACGAAGACCUAGACCUUGACCUGAACGAUGCCGAAGAUGAGGUCUUGGCCGACGAUGCCUUUGGCAUGGAUGUCGACUCUGAAUAUGAGGAGGAGGAAGGGGAGAAAGACGAGGACAAUGCCGGGUCUGAUGAGGAGGACGCCCACUCACCCGUGGAGGACAGUGAUGAAGAUGAAGAUGAAGAUGAAGUUGCCGAUCACAUCGGUGGCCGCGACUCUGACUCUGACGAGGAGGAGACGACUGACGCGACCAAGAAGGGCAAGGACAGCAUGUUUCAAAGUAUGUCGCUCAGCAGGCCCAUUCUACGAGGUUUGGCUGCCGCGGGCUACACGAAACCUACUCCCAUUCAGAGCAAAACGAUUCCGAUGGCCCUCCUCGGAAAGGAUGUCGUUGGUGGAGCCGUGACGGGUUCCGGCAAGACUGCCGCGUUCAUCCUCCCCAUCAUCGAGCGACUCCUGUUCAGGCCCAAGAAAGUCCCCACAUCUCGCGUCGUCGUCCUCACACCGACUCGUGAGCUUGCCAUCCAAUGUCACGCCGUUGCGGAGAACGAGCUCCGGCUCCGGCCCGACGUCAUCAUCGCUACUCCGGGUCGAUUCAUCGACCACAUGAGGAAUUCGAUGAGCUUCACGGUUGACACGGUCGAAAUCCUGGUUCUGGACGAGGCCGAUCGCAUGCUCGAAGACGGUUUCGCGGACGAGUUGAACGAGAUCCUCACGACGCUCCCCAAGUCUCGGCAGACGAUGCUGUUCUCCGCCACCAUGACUUCGUCGGUCGACCAGCUUAUUCGCGUUGGUCUCAACAAGCCCGUCCGUCUUAUGGUGGACUCGCAGAAGAGCACGGCCGGUACCCUCACCCAGGAGUUUGUGAGACUGAGGCCUGGUAGGGAAGAGAAGCGCAUGGGAUACCUGGUCUGGCUCUGCAAGAACCUCUACCACGAGCGGGUCAUUAUCUUUUUCCGGCAGAAGAAGCAAGCGCAUUUCGCCCGCAUAGUCUUUGGGAUGCUGGGCCUCUCGUCCGCCGAACUCCACGGUAGCAUGAACCAAGCACAGAGAAUUUCCAGCGUCGAAACGUUUCGAGACGGCAAGGUAUCAUAUCUGUUAGCCACUGAUCUGGCCUCUCGAGGUCUGGACAUCAAGGGCGUGGACACGGUCAUCAACUACGAGGCACCCCAGAGCGUCGAGAUUUAUGUGCACAGAGUCGGUCGUACUGCCCGAGCGGGUAGGAGCGGUAGCGCGUGUACACUAGCGGCAGAACCUGAUCGCAAGGUGGUCCGAGCCGCCGUCAGGGCUGGCAAGGCGCAGGGCUCCAAGAUUACGAGCAGGGUAAUUGACCCGGUCGAGGCGGACAAGUGGCAGAAGAAGAUUGACGACAUGGAGGACGAGAUUGAUGAAAUCAUGAAGGAGGAAAAGGAUGAGAAGCAGUUGGCCCAUAUGGAGAUGCAAGUCAAGAAGGGUGAGAACCUGAUGGAGCAUGAGGCCGAGAUCAAGGGCCGCCCCAAGAGGACCUGGUUCGAGUCGGAGCACGACAAGAAGAAGGCAAAGGAGGCUGGUCGUUCGCAGCUCAACGGCCUCCGGGAGUCUCUGAAGAAGAAACACGGCGGCAAGAGCCUGAGCAACAAGGAUAAGAAGAAGCUGGACGCCAAGGCGUCCCGAUCCGAGGGACCGACGUGGAAGAAGGGCCGGGCGGAGAGGGACGGGAAAGGCGCGGUGCUCGAGCUAAAGAAGCAACCCAAGUCCAAGAUAUCGAAGCCGACUCGGUCGCGGGUGGGUAGCAAAGGCCAAGCCGCCUCCAAGGGCAAGGGUGCCCCAAGGGGAAGCCUAAGGGAGGCCGGAGGUGAGGCUAGUCGUAUAGCAUCAAGUUAA